CUAACAGGCAAGUAACAACGCGCCGUCUGCUUUAACGCAGUGUGUGUUUCCAAAGUUUUCUAAAGAUAUAUUCAAUAUAUAUUUGAAGCGAGUGACUCAAAAUCAUUUAAUUUAAACUCAUUUGUACUUUCAUCGUGUCUAUUGGCUUAUGUGUUAUUCCAUUCACAAAGAGACUUAGGAGUGUGUGUGUGUGUGUAUUUCAAAACAUUUCUUAUUGAGAUACUGAAGAGACUUUUUUCAUUGAAGUAACAAUGGAACACUUCUCAAACUAUUGGAGGAUUAUUUUUCUACUUUUUGGGAUUAGUUUGGUGACAGUCAGCAGCCAGCCUGAAGAAUUAACUGGUAACACUUGCUCACACCAGAGAAGUAUAAAUCUGCCUAAAGAUGGGAAAUGUCUGGUUCCAGUUAAAACAGCUUAUGACUGGGUUACAGCUCAGGCUGCAUGUGAAAGAGCAGGAGGUUCUCUCUAUCAGCACCCCAACGCCUUCUUGCAGUCCCGCCCUAAUCUAAUGAACUGCUUGGCAUCCAUAUCUGAGACCACAUUUGAUGAUAUGUGGCUGAACGCUGUUGGAAUGUGGUAUCCACAUUUUUUUUGGAUUAACAUGACUUUGGUGAACAAGAUCAACUACUGCACAGAACUUCAACCACCCAAAGACGAUUCCAGCAGUGUUCCCAUCACUAGUGACACAUUGAGUGUUGACUACUGUGUUUCUACUUGUCAUGACAGAGGUGCCAGGUUUAUAGUUCUACACAGCUCAGGCACUUCCUUUGAGUGUUACUGUAAGCAUGAGUUGGAAACCAAAUAUAUGUCACCAUGUAAAGCAGACAGUGUCAAUUACUCAGACAAGAAAACUUAUUUUAUUGUACAUGCUCAAGAAGACAAUCUGAUCAAACUAGCCAGUUCUGAAGCUUUCUCAAAAACUGAAAUUUUAUGUGCCACUGUGGAUCAGCAAACCAAAGAUAGCAGAGAAAUGAGGAGUGACACUUGUUUUACCAACCGUCCCUUUAUCUGUUGCCUAGGAGAAGCUGCAAAGUGCAAUAAUAACACUCAGUGCACUGGGACAGAGUGCAGGUUCCUAAUGAGAGACAAAUGUAUGUUACGUGUUGCUAUCAACUACAAUUGGUAUGCUGCUAGAGCGUACUGUGUUCAGAGAGGAGGAGAUCUUUGGAACAUGCAUGAACUGAAUGAGAUGAACCAAGUGACUCAGUUCCUGGAUGGUCAAUCUAGGUAUUGGAUAGGAGCAACUAAUUAUGCCUGGUCUUUCAAUGCUACAAGUGCUCAACUAAAUUCUGUCAAUGGAAACUUUAACCUUGUUAAGUGUGGACACAUGUUUAGAGAGAGAACUAAUGUUGGUGUUGGUGGUAUGUGGCAAUGGGGGGACACUGUCUGUGAUCAGCAAAAGUCUUUCCUUUGUGAAUUUGUCAAGACAGCUUUUACUAGCUCAGAAAUAAAUCAAGAAGUUGUUUGCCCUUGGCCUGUGACUAUCAUUGUGAUUCCCACAGAGACACCAGUUGUAAUACCAUCUGGCGGCUAUACUGGUGAUAAACAAAGUGAUAGCUUUCCAUUAGCUGCUGUGAUAGCUGCCUGUGUGGCUGCUCUUGUUUUGUUAACAUGUUUGGCCUUAGCUUUUGGAUAUUGUCAUAGACAAGGCAAAUUCAAGAAGGCAAAAGAACAUUUGGCUUUCAUUCCAUAUUUUGCAGAUGUUAAUGCAGGGCCUGAUUACAGUGCAACCAUGCAUAGCAACAUGAGCUCAGUUUCAGAACAUGGAUCUCAGAUUGGUCUGAUGAAAGGAGGUGGAUUCCAGUCAGGCUUGUCUGCUUUUGCCACAUCCACAUCUUAUGGAGAGCAUAAUGGAGUAUUUUCUACUCAGUCAUUGGACAGGGCUCAGAAAGACAGCAUGGCCAGAAAAUUGGCAGAGAGCCAACAUUACCUAACUGGCAACACAUCAAUGGAUGAAAGAGGUUUUGCCUCUACUUACAACACAAUGCCUGUCAAAUCUAGAGGAUACAUGACUUUACAAGCACAAAUGGACAUCAAGGAUGAAGCUGAACUAGCUGCACUGCGUGGAUCACUUCGAGGCAAACCUGAGGUCACCCUUGUGACUGACAAUGUUGAUAUGAACUUCACUGUGAACCACGCCAUCUCUCGCAGUCACAGCCAUGCUGGCAGUGAUCAGUCAAGGUCAUCAUUAGAGAGAACGAUGGAGGAAAUCACAUUACCUGUCAGCGAAGGGGGAAUGCUAAGGAACUUGCCAGAGAGAGUUGCUGAGGCCAGGAUCUACUCCAAUCAGACAAGCACUUAAAGACAGAACAGCUAUGGACAAACAUUCUCUAUGCAUUUCAUUCUGUAUCUUAUCAUUGUAAGACAGCCUUGAUAUUUUGUCUACAUAGUUGAGCCUCAUUAUAUCAUUUGUUAUGGGAUCAGUCUUGAAAUGUUCAGAAUUGAAAGACUAGAUGACAGCAGCUCUCAAAGUAAAACUGAUUUCAUAAUGCAAUAAGUGUCUCUAACUGUGUAGAUUUGUGCUAUUUUUGAGACUUUUCAAAAAGUAAUUAAUGAAUUAUAAACACUAAUGAAAUUUCAGUAGAUGGUAAACACAUUAAAAGUUAUAAUUAUUUGUAAGCAUCCAUGAGCAUUGUAAAUAAAAUGUUACAAUAGAAAAUUAUUUUUGUUUGUUUGUUUAUGAAUUGAAAAAAAGUUCAACUUUGCAAUCUUUAAAAAGAAAAAAAAGUUAUCUCAUGUAUAUAUUUAGUUUUGAAACCAUUGAUGAUAUUUAUCCAAACAAAAACUAGGCUGUGCCUUAGAAGUGCUUCUUUUUGUAAGAUAUUUUGCACAACGUCCAGUAAAUAACACUUUGUAAUUUUAAAAGAAGUUGUAUUUGGUAAGUUGUUAUAUAUUUUCAAUUUUAUUUACAGAUGUUGUAUCUACAUUUUUAUUGUAAUAUUUACCUCAAAAUAUAACAUGCAUUUUUUUUUUACUCUAAUGUGAAAAUGUUAUUUCUGCUAUUUUAAAAUUGUUAUUCCUUGAAAAUUGUUCUGUACAAAACAAAGGUUCUCUUUUCUUUGUUGUUGUUGAUAUAAUUCCAACCAUUAUGGCACCAAAUAAAGUGUGUGUGUGUGUGGUAUUCCAGAUGUGACAUUUCAAUCUUAAGUGUCAUUUUAUUUUGUCCUUACUGAAAGCUAAACAUAUAAAGUCAUAAUGGGUAUAUAUUUAUCUAUAUAUUUAUGCAUAGAUUUGUGUUCAUAUCUUUUGUGUAUUGCUUGUGCACCUUAGACAUUUAUUUGUAAUGAUUGCUUUAUUGCAGAGGUGAAGGUCAUUUUUUUAAAUGUAUAUUUGUUUCUGUAAGUCAAUUAAAACUAAGAGUUGAACUAAACUAUGAAAUCUAAGAUUUGACUAAUCCCAAGCCAUCACCUGAUUUAACUCUUUGCUUCACUUAGACAUCAAAGAUGACUGGUGGCAUUUUUUCUUCCCUAGUGCUAUUAGAGCAUGGAAUGUGUUGUCUGAGCCAGUUAGGCAAACCAGUGACUUGGCAGAAUUUGAGUCAUCUUCUUAUCUUAUAUAAUACAGACAUUACUUCA